CUCAAGGCGUUUGCAGCUCAAGACAUUUCGCUCCAACACGUCAUCAUGGUCCCCGUACUUCUUGCCCUGUGUGGUUGCAUGCUCGCCCAUGCUCAACUGGACAUUCCUGACUGGGACGAGGUUACUGCGCAGGACGAGAACGUCUCCGCAGUCGAAAAGCUGGACGUGCUCGAUGCAUCGAGCUGGGCCAUCCCAGACCGAGUGGUGAGGUGCCCCGUUCACGAGCCGGCAGCGCUGAACGUUGCCGCUGGCCACGUGGAGAUGGACACCGUCUUCAACGAGAGCAUGAUGUACAGCCUCGUCGAGGGCAUGCUGCCCGCCGCCGCUGCUGGUGCAGAUUUGGAGAAAUACGAUGGCCUUGAGAUGCACUUCUUCAACACAAAAGUCAGCCACUUCAAAGUUCGCUUGAACGAUGCUAGGCAAGAUGUGCGGUUCAUUGCGGCUGUGAAGGUCGACAACGAUGGUGAGCACAACCUGUGGUUGAAGUGGAGCGACUUCCAUGGUGAGGAGCUAAUGAUGGGAGGCAUCAAGCCUUGCAGCGAGACAUCAGAAUGCCGCACGAUCAGGCCAGGCUCCAUCUCUUCCAUCGCUGUGCUGCUCCCCAUUUCCAAUGUGGAGAGCCCAGCCAACUUCAGGGUCACCGCCUUGACCCUGGAUGUUUUGACAAGCGGAGGCGGGAAUGCCACCAACUCCACCCAGCUGCGGCCCGCUUCCGACGCUGAGCUGAUUUCCUUCGAGACCACCACGGGGCCCAGCGGUAUGGGGCCCAGCAGUAUGGUGAGCUUCGCUUUGGGCUCUAGUCUUUCAGGUCUGAUCUCCGGCCUCCUCUUUUUGAGUGUGUAG